GUGACUCGUGCUUGUGUGUGCAAGCAAGUGAUCAAGCAAGUGAUAAAAACAGUGGAAUAGUUGAGGCUGGGGUCGCGGAUACCUUAGCCCGGAGACAUGUCAGCAAUGACACGCGCCGUGGAAAUGGUGCGUAAGGGCGUAUCGAAGCACAAGGCGGCCGGCCUCUGCAAUGUCUCUCAGAGUGCGCUGUCCACGGCCGUUCAGACGGAGACGGCGCGCCUGCUGCGGCACCUACUCACCCCGGCCGAGGAGUGUCUGUUCGCCAACGUACUCAUACAGCUGAUUGAGCUCGGCUGGGAGCUAAACCGCGACUCCGUCAGGGUGCUGAUGAAGUGGUUCCUGCCCAUGGUCGAUAAAAAACGCGGUGACCGGGUAGUGGCCGACCGCGAGCUCUGGCACCAGUGGGUCUCCUGGUUCGAGCGCCACUGGUCCCGGCUGCACGGUAUGAUCAGCAUGCUGCCCGGCCAGCCCACUGAUGAGUUUCUGGAGGUGGCCAAACAGGUGGUGAAAGACGGUCUGAGCGGACAGAAACAGCCGACUGCCGGGGCUGGCGCAGCCGCUACAGAGCCGUCGCGCGUUCCCGAGCCGUCAGUGGCCGACGGUGAACCCCUCUACGAGGUGGAACAAAUCCUGGCCAAGCGGAGCACCGAGGGACGAGGCGACGAGUUCCUGAUCAAGUGGUGCGGCUUCGACCACUCGGAGAACUCGUGGGAGCCCCGCGACAACCUGGACUGCGGUGCGAUGCUGUCGGACUUCGAGCGGCGCUGGGCCGGCAUGUCGGCGGCCCAGAGACGGCAGAUGACCGCCGCGGCGGCGGACGGGGGCGGUGCGAGCAGCGCGGCUGUGAGGCUUCCCAGCGGCGGUGGCGGCGAUUCCAACGGUCUGGGACCGGCAUCGGCCAGUCCCAACUACACGGCCGUUAAGACCAAAACCACCGCCACCGCCUCCCCCGCCGCCGCCGCCGCCGCGAGCGGCAAGUCCAAGAACACGGCUAAGCUCGUGCCGCCUCUGCGCCUUGCGCCGAGCCCGGGCGGAAAGAAGGCGGCCGUGAAAAGGCAGAAAAAGAACGGAGAGGCAGCGGCGUCCAACAGUAAAGCAGGUGGUGGUCCUCCGCUGCCCUCUGUCAUGCCCAGGGUGACCCCAGUGUAUCGGAAGCCGAACCUGGUGGUGGGACCGGUGAAACGUCCCAGUUCAGUGCUGCGCUCUCCGCCCGGUCGGCCGGGCUCGUCUCUGGUGCCGGCGCCCCCGCCGCUCACCCCCGCACCGUCCCUGGCCCGGCCUCCGCCCAAACUCACUCCGAGAACACCGGUGGCCCGACCGCCCCCGCCCCCGCCCCCGCCGCCGCCGCCCCCGCCGCCGCCCCCGCCGCCGCCCCCGCCGCCCCCGCCGCCGCCGGCGAGACAGCCGACCCAGCCGCCGGUAGCGCAGGCUAGCGAGAGGUUAUCAUCACCGUCGUCGACCAGCCCGCCUGCAAAACGACGUCGCACGUCCAGCCAUUUUGUUCUCGUGACGGACACGAUGCGUCGGCGCGCCUCGCGGGACUCCCUGCCAUCGCCCGGUGUGGGUCCAGGCUCGGCGGCGGGCGGGGUGGGGUCCCCGGGUGUUUCAGUGGCUCCCAGCGGCGGGGGCUCCCCGGCGGGGCUGUCACCCAAGGUGGCCGGUAGUGCCCGGCCUUCGCUAUCGGUACCGGUCGCCGGACCAGUGGCGUCGCUGACGUCCGCCGCUGCGGGCGGUUUUCACGGGUUCACGGCGGCGGAUAUCGCCCUGUUGACGCAUGGCCCGGUAUGCCGGGCUGGCUGCCGUGAGCUGGCGAUGUACCAGCCGGCCGGUGCCGCCGCCGAACCGUCUGCCGUGGCGCAGCGAGUGAGCGCCGUACGCCGCGCCAUUGCCGAGCUCUACGAGAAAGAGCGGCUGGAGGAGCGACACCGGGAGGAGAGGGAGAGAGCGGAGAGGGAGCGCCAGCGGCUCUGGGAGACAGUGCUGGCGGCGGCUGGCGCGCGGCCAGAGGAUCCCGAACGGGACGCCGACGCGACGGGAGACGACGCGAGCGACGCGGCUGCUCCCUGGCGCACCGACGACGCGCUGUCUUCCGAGCCGGAGGAUCUGCCGGUGGAUGACGACUCUGACACGGAGUCGGGGCGGCUGUUAAUCGCUGAUUCGGACUCCCGCGCCCCCACCCCUCCACCGGCGGUGGAUAUCGCUCGCGCCGACCGCCAGGCGGUGGUACACCUGGAGCGGCUGCCCGGACAGUACCUCCCACCCCCGCCGGCGCCGCUGCGAGCGAUCCACACCACAUCGGCCCGGCCGGCGCGAAAGAAACGACGCCGCAUCAACGACUGCUUCUCAUUUGCCGCUCAGAAGAAGAAGAGACGACCGACGGCCGGCGAUUCGGUGAAGAAGGCUCCCGCGCGGCCGCGAGUGGCGAAGCCGCACGUGGGCGGCCCCCAGCCGCCCCCUCAGGAAGACGUGACGUCACAGGAGGAGCACACUCGGGAGGAAUCCGAGGAAGAGGAGGAGGAGCCCGAGGAGGAGAGCUCGGAGGACGAGGACGAGACUGAGGACACUUUCCAAAGCGAGAACGGUAAGCCUGUAAUCAUGGUACUACCACCGGUGGUCCAGACGUUUUUCGGCGGUCAGCAGACUCGCUCUCUGGAUCUGGAUACCCGCUGGGGCACCGUUCAUAUCAACGUGGUGCCCAAGAUCCGGGAGAAGAACGGAGCGCUGAGAGAACUGGCCAAAACGACACGGAAGCGAGUCGGUUUGGCCGACACUCGCAGUCUGCUCGAGGCGCGCUGCGUCUCCCGCGGCACGUACAAGUACAGUCGUCAGCUGGUACCGUUUGGCCAGCGGCCGCCGCCAGAUCCGGCCGAGGCGGCGGACAGCGGAGACGGGGCAGACGGCACGCCGGUGGCGGAGAAACCGGCCGGCAGGGGACGAGGCCGGGGACGGGGCAGAGGACGGGGCAGGGGCAGAGGACGAGGAGCGGGCAGAGCGGCACACACGGCCGGCCCCGCGACGCCCGUGGCCCGGCCGCCGGGCCGUCAGGACCUGUCCAUUCUGGAGCGUCUGAUGCUGGAGCAGUCCUCCUCGGUUCCGGGAGGAGCGGCCACUGCGGACGGGGCGGCGGCCGGAGGACAGCUGCCCCGGUUUGUCUCGCUGGAAGAGGACCUUCAGGCGUCCAGCUCCGACUCCGACUCCAGCUCCGACUCUGGCUCCGACUCCGACUCAGCUUCGGCGGCCGACUCAUCACCGAAGAAACAAAAGAAAUCGUCAUCGCUGGCCUCGACGGCAGCGGCGGUGGACGUCCGACGAACCCCGGACCAACGGCCGCCCUCCCCCGCCCCCGCCCCCGCCCCCGCCGCCGUCCCCACGGCCGCCCCAGGCUCCGAGAGAGCCGUUGACACCCAGAGAGCUGCUGACGCUCAGAAGUCUGCACCGAGGCGCGAGCUGGGACCGUCUCUGUCGGAGGAGUCCGAUGAAGGUGAUGACGCAGCUCAGACCGGCGGGCCGCCAUCCGCUGUUGGAUCUGGUGCACAUGAGACUGAGGAGGAGCGGCCCCGCGCGGCGCAGGUGGAUGGGUUGGAACGCAGCAGCGGUCUGGGUUCCAAUGCGGACGAUAAGGAGCUUAGGACUGAAGAACGUCCUGUACCAACGCCAGUGCAGCCGCUACCGCAGGAGCAGCAGCAGCAGCAACAACAACAUCUACAGCUACAGCUACAGCAGAAGCAGCAGCAGCAGCAGCGGCAGCGGAAGACCGGAGAACUGGCUCUCUCGGAAGAAUCUGAUACAGAAACAGAGUCAGAAAGGUCGCCCGUCAAACCCAGACAGUCUCAUGUUGACGCCAAACCGGUGAACCCGGCUUCACUGGCGCAGCAGCACAAACCUGAGCCGAGCUCGGAACUUCGUUCCAUUGCCAAACCGUCCCUGUUCGGCUCACCGCCACUGUCAAAGCCAGAGCCGCCGCGGUCGUCUGCCAGACCUAGGUCGUGGCUGGCGCUAUCUGAGGAGUCGGAAUCAGAGGGUGAGGAAGCGGUAAAGCCGGUUAAAUCGGUAGGUGACUCAAAGGCGGAGUCGUCGGCGGUGGUCGCGGGAUCGGCCGCUGCACCGGUGGACGGUCCGUCGGCGAUAGGUGAGACGGAAAGGGUGGCUGACGAAGGACGAGAGGUCAGAGUGGCUUCAGCAGAACCCGAAAUGAUGGAGUCGGUGGAGGCCGAAACGGCGUCAAACGAGGCGAAACAGAGAGCCGCGGUGGCCGCUACCGGAAAUGAUUCGGAUAUGGCGGUUACUGAUGCAACACUAGUUGAUGAAUCAAAGCAGUGGCAGCCGAAGGGUACUACGGAGAACUUGAUAGAUCCCCCGGAGCAUUCAACAACCCCAAAGCAGAGCACACAGCCAACAGAGGCUUCUGCGUCUGCAGGAGAGAGCUCGGAGAUCCACCAUCCCAGUGAGGCCUCAGGGGCGGCGCCUGAGCUGCCAAAGCCUGACCAGAGCUCUGAGGGCCAGCCGAAGCUCCAGGACAAUGCAGAGCUGCAGGCAGCGGCUUCAGCGACUGAAGAAAAGCCUUUGGCAGAUUCUGGCGUGGAAGGGACAGCGCCAACCGGCGCUCCUGUGGCUGCAAUGGGAGAUGCCAACGAGUCUUCAGUGUCUGACUCGGGCGCGGCGGAGCCGAAACUGGCGGCCGAUGAAAUGGACAUAUCAACAGGCUUAAAUGAAGAGUCAGCGCUUGUGACGGACGAUAUCAACUCUCAGGAACGGACCAAAGCUACAGAAGAGGUCGCUCUGUCUCACACGGACCUGAGCUUCUCGGCACCACAGGACGAAGUCACUGACGGUUGCACCAGUGUGCCGUCCGUGCAGGGGUUAGACUCGGACCAAAAGAAUAUGACGACCACUCCGGAGGGAGAAAAUGGAAUGAAAACAGCGCGGACUUCCGACGUUCAAAUGCGCGAUACGGAUGACAUGAAAACGCCGGCGGCGGUCACUCCGACGAAGAAAAGUGAGAUACCGGAAUUAGUGGCUGAAACUGAGGUGAAAAUUGACGCGGAAGAUACAUCUGAGCACACGGAGGCGACUGUGACGGUACCGGAAGAAGCGGCGACUGUUCAAGAGGAGCUAGCUAGUGAGACGAUAAGCGGGGAAAGUGAUGGAGCGGCGCCGAAGACUGCUGAGUCGGGUGGUGCGGAGCAGGCUGCCCCGAGCUCUGAGGGUAAGACGGAAGAGCUGCCGUCAUCAGAGACGAGUACCGAGAUAAAACCAUCGGCGGAGAAGGACGGUGUCGAGGUGUCCGACAAACCUCGCACUGGUGAUACUGCAGUGGAGGGUCCGGAAGACUCUCCGUCACAACAUCUUGACGAUGUCGAAACUAAAACACCAGAGCCCUCUACAACACCCGGCGACUCAACGUCUGAGAAACCAUGUGUCGAGUCUCUCGCCGCGGAAACAGCACCGCAGGAAGUGCCGUCUUCGGCUGCCGCUGUAGUCCCAGAAACAACUGCAUCAGAAAGCUCUGUCCCCAUCCAGGACCAAACCGCCUGCCUGCCUGCCCCGGCGCCGCCUGCUCCGACGCUAGAGACAUCGACGGCGGCGGCGCUGUCGUUCCUCCCAUGCUCUGCCUCCGACGAGCCUCUCAUCUCUCUCCCGGGCGCCAGCGGACCUCCCAGCUCGUGGCCGCGGCCACCGAGCACGGAACAGGAGCCGGAGCUGCCGCUGCCACAGCUGCCGCAGCUUCCCGAGCCGGAGCACCAGCCUGAGUUCACGCUGCCCCAGCUGGAGAUCGAGCCGCCGCCGCCGCCGCCGUCGGGCCCGGGCGCCGGGGUGGAUCAGCACAUGAUGUUCGGCGACCAGCCUGUGUUCAUGGAUGGUGUGGAGAUCUCGUGGCUGCAGCCGUCCCAAGAGGUGGUGCUCUGUCCCGAUCAGGAUUUGUUGAGUCAGCACCAGCAGGUGCUGCAGGAACAGAGGGAGUCGGAACAGAUGGUCACCGAACAGGUAGUCACCGAACAGGUAGUCACCGAACAGAUUGUGACCGAUCAGACACAUCAGGUGCUGACCGAACAGCUGAUCAAUGAACAGGACGUGGUCUCGGAACAGGUGAUAGAGAACUCUGUGAUCAACGAUGAUGUCGACGAAGAACUAGAAGUUGACGAUCCGGUGCCCGUUUACUCCAAGUCUAAGUCCAGAGGCCGUCGUCGGCCACCCAUGGCGCCUAGGCUGUCGGGAGAACCACCCAGACCUCGGUUUGUUAUAGCCGACCAGCGGCCGAAGGCACCCUCAGGCUCAGCCGCGGCCUCGCGGCGUCCGGAGGCAGCCACGCGGCGUCCGAAGGCAGCCACGCGGCCUCAGUUCGUCAUCUCGUACCCGCAGAUGGAGGGGCAGCGCCCGGCACCCGGCGGCGAGCAGGUGGUGAUGACCUGCCCUGUACCAGAAGUUCCUCCCGAGAGCGCAGACGGACAGAAACCCAAACGGAAGCUGAAGGUAAUGACGAAGCCCGGCCCGAUCCCGGGCACUGAGCCGACGGCGUCUCCGCUGAGGCCGUCGCUCGCACCCAAGCCAGAGCCUCCGAGUCGCGCGGCGAAUCAGGUGGUCUACGUGCCCAAGCCGAAGCCGCGUCCGAUGGAGGCCAGCCCUUCCCCGCGGCGCGUGGUGCUCGGAGAAUCGCGUGGCCGGCCGGUGAGCUCCAGCGCUGCUGCGCUGGGAUCCUCGUCCUCCCCGAGGGUGAUCUACAUCAAGCCGACCGGUGAGACGGGGUCGCGCGGGGCGGCUGUCGCCAGCCCCCGGCCCGCCGGCCGACCGAAAAUCAUCGUGGUGCGGCCGCAGACUGCCCCGACGAGCUCGGCGGCGGCGCCGGCGGUGAGGGUGGUCCGUCCGCAGUCCACAGCGACGCGCGCCGUCCGGGCGACCUCCACGGUAUCGUCGUCACCGGCGCGGGCGGGCGCAUCGCGGUCACCGCAGGUGUUUGUGGUGAAGACCCCAGGAGGCACCCGCUCGCCACGGUUCGUCAGCCGGACGGUGCCGGUGUCUACUGCGACUCCAUCGCCACCGCCUCCGCCUCCGCCUCCGCCGCCUCCAGUGACGUCACAGCGGUCCGAUCUGGACCUGCUGGCGCAGAUCUGCGAGAGCGAGAGUCUGAACACGACGAUGGCGCGGCAGCUAUCAGGGGAAGUCGCCUUGGACGAUCCCACCACCGCUGCCAACGGCGACCUACUGGUGACCUCCGAACAACCACCUCAGGAACAACUACUGCAGCAGGCUCAGGAGCAACAGCUUCAACCACCUCAGGAGGAUCAGCCACAGCAGGCUGAGGAGCAACGACUGCAGCAGGCUCAGGAGCAGGAGGUGGUCUCCAAUGACGCCGAGGUGGACGGAGGCAAAAUCCGCAUCCUGUUACCGGACGGGACGGCCGUGUUUGCCGACCUCGGCGACCUGGACGGACUGGACGGUACGGGGGUCUCUGAGGAGGUGAUAACGGAACAGUAACCAUCACCCGCUUUGGAGCUGUUUUCACCUUUAUACACUACUGAGGCCUGCUCUCCGCGGCGCAGAGCUACCCAGCGACAGGACUUUUCCCAUCAGUGGGGGUAUUUUACGCGACGGGGACUCACCCCGCGGUGUCAAGACUCCCAGCUGCGAUAACCCCAGUCGGUGGAAAUCUGCCGAAAAUAGGUGACUUUUGAGGAGUAACUCUGGUGAUCAACAUUGAAGAGUUGAUGCCUGGAGCUAUUUAGAGACCGAAAUAAUGGACUUUUGUACCCCGGGUAUUGGAUACCGCCGUAGAACUGUGAGGCAAAAUGUGAGCUCCAAGCGAUGGCGUAAGCGGAGGGUAAACAUUGGCGUGAGCGGAGUGGGGGUGGGAUUUGUGAAGGCAGCUGUCGGGGUGGUACCGAUCAGUGUACCCGUAGGUCCAAACCGGCUCAGUAAGCGCCCGGCGGCGGCGAGUGUCCGACGAUGAGAUUCGCGGCGGUACUCUGACGCUGAGUGACGCUACUGGCCGGCGCGGGGCUGGUUUAUGAGAUCGGACGGCCGCACCAGUCUCUAUGAACUGACGCUGGUAUGUGAGCGGUGACUUCUGCUGGCUGCAGUCCUACCUCGCCCCAUCCAUCGCCCAUUGGACAGACGCGCGCCGCCAUCGCCAGUGUAUCUCCCGCGCCACAUUUGUCGACCCGCUCGCCGCGCCGUGUUCGUCUCGCUGCGCCGUCUACCAUCAGUCCCCUCUCUGCGGUGGCGAGGCAGGGAGCUGUUUUUACAAAGGCGCCUCGUGCGCCGCUGUUUCUGGUACCGCCACUAUCGCGCGGCCCGGCGGGAUUUAUUACCAUGCGUUAUGGACGGUUGUGAGGCACAGUGAGCCUCUAGCUGUGAGAGUGAGUGAGUUGAGCGACAGUGAGUUAGCGAGUGUGAGUUAUAGUGUUACCGAGUUACCGGCUGAGUGUAGAGCGUUGACAAAUAAACACACUGUACUGC